AUGCGUUUCUUCCUCGUACUGCUCGCCCUCGUCGCCGUCGUGCUCUGCGGAGGCGGAUACGGUGGAUCCAGCUACGGAGUCGGAGGCGGACCCGGAUUCGGACCCGGUGGCCCCGGUGGAUUCCCCGGUGGACCGGGAGGCUUCCAGGGUGGCCCCGGGCAAUUCGACCAAUUCGGAGGCGCCGGAGGACCCCAGUUCGGCGGCAACAACUACCGCUCCAGGCCCUACCGCUAC